UACAAUUCAAGGAUAAAUAAAGUUUAUUGUUGUUAAGUUGCCAAAAUUCUUAUAAAUAAGCUUCCGGCGACAGCAAGUGAUGCCCGACUGUCAGGAUGAGUGGACUGAUAAACGAUAUCCAGCGCAUCAUCGGCGACAUUCAGUCGGGGAAGCAGGCCAUCCGGAACAAGGGCAUCGAACAACUAGACGAAAAGCUUUCCAACUGCAGGGAGGAUCUUAACGCCUUACUCCAGAGCAAGAGAUGCGACUUGUCGUGGCCCGUCCUAUUCGACGUAUCCAAGGAGGCGCUUAUCAAGCACGCUGGAAGCUUGGAAGAUGCCAACGAGAAGACCUUCAAGACAUUGGCGGUAAAAAACUAUUUGUACGACAAUGUCCUCGAGAAGAUCACCAAAUUCAACUUGGAGGCUGGCAUGCAGAGCUCUGGAAAUGGACACUUUCUGGCCAAGACAAGUAUUUUUAAUGCAUUUGAGGAAGGCAUCAAGAUGCGGGUGGUGGUGAAGCACUUUGGAGACCGCAUCGUCAGCUUGCUGGACAGGGGCAUUUACUCCUCGGCAACCUAUGUGCGCGACCUGAAGAUUAACGAGUACAGCCGCAUCCUAUCCUACCUGUUCGAGGUUAAUGUGGAAAGGGACGAGGUCCUAAGCACUAGGAUACUGAAAUGCAUCACCAAGACUGUCACAUUAGCCAAGGACCGCGUUCAGUUACACGCCGAUCUAGUGGAAUACCUUCCGGAGCUAAAAAACUUUGCAAAUUACGCAAAUGGAGCCAGAAAAUUAGAGAUUGUUCGCCUGUAUUUAAUAUUCGCCACAGAGCUCUCUCUUAACUACCAUCACCAACUCUGCAUCCAUAUGCAAGAGAUAUUACCCAAGCUAUGCGAGUUCCACGAAGAAGAUGUGUUCCGCGACGAUACGAGAAACCUCUUCUUCCAGUGCAUCACAAAGUCGCUGCAUUCGCUGUAUCCCAAGCUGGAUAUGUGUGAUUUUAAUACCCUUGGGGUGCCCCUUCACGAAAAGUGGACGCAAUGCUUGCUUCGUCUAAAAACCAUGGUAAACGUGGAGAUCAGAAAGAAUUCUUUGGCUCGUUACAAAACCUCACAACUGAGCAACGACAAAUUCUCAGAGCCAUUCAUCAAGAUGUCUGCGCUGGUCAUGUAUAUUGUUCUGUGGCACUUGGAGUCGAAAAAACUCGAUGAAAACGGAGAAGGCGAUGCGCCUAAAAAAGUGCCGAAGCCUGCAGAUAAAAUGGAUGUUAUAUUUGACCUAAUCGACAAAAAGGAAACCACAUUUAAUGAUGUCUGGUUUGCCAUCUUCGCGGAGCUGCUCCAACUUAGUGGUGUCAUAAUAAACGUGGCCAACUACCAGCAGGCGCUGAGCACUGUGGCGGAAAUAAUGCAAAUAUAUGGCAAUGCUAGAAAUCUGCGGAAUCUUCGUUUAUGCCUUGGUAGCCUACUUAACAAAGAAAAGGAGUUUCUACAGUCAAAAUCUAUUGGGGAAAACUUUCUGGGUGAACUGUGGAGUCAGAUGGGAAACCAUCUAAUAUCGGAGACCACCACCAACAGCGAGGAGAUCAAGGAAAAGCAAUUGGCGCUGCAACUGCUGAUCAGACAUCACAAACUAAAUCAGAAGAUGGCUACUAGCCUGCUACACAACAUCACCUCCAACGAGAUGCUUAAACGCAACGAAUGCUUCGCCACCAUUCGCGAGAUAUUUGUUCAUGCAGACAGCUGUGGUCAGGACAAGGCCUCCCUUGAUCUAGAGCCCAUUAUAGCGUGGGCUUACGGGAGCGGUGAACGGAACAGCGCCGCCCAGGUGAUACACAAUAUAGCUAGAAUAGAUGCCCGUUUACAGGCAGACACCUUUGCCAUCAGUAUCAUUAACUUUCUGGACGAGCAGCAACUGCAAGAGAUUUCCUGUAUACAAGCUGUGGCGGUUCCUAUUGAACGAAAUCUCUUGGCCUACAAGUACAACAAGCAAUUGAUUUUUCUGGACAAUGAAUACGCAGCUCCUUUUGAGUCGAUCGCUCAGCUGUUGACGGAAACAAAAAACUGUUUGUUCCAGACCAACUAUGAAUGCCUUAUGCGCAGCAUUAACUUUCAAAUCGCACAGGACAACAGUCCCGCUGGUAUUCUCAAAAAUCUGAACAGUCUGCUAAAGUUGGUUUGCACAAUGGAAAGACUUUUGUUUUACAAGGUGUUCGAUGCUAAGAACUUUAUUGGCUGUCCUCUGAUCAAGAGAAUUGGUCUGUAUCUUAGCCACAUUGAGUUCCAGUACAAGGCUAAUAGCUCGGAGAUGCUAGAUGAAAGCGAUUUGCGUGAGAUUUUAAGGAUACAAAACGAUGUUCUUGAAGUUUUUAGAAUUAAUUCAGUUCUUUUGAGUUAUUUGGAAAAGCAGCCAAUAGAAAUGUUGGUGGCAUUCGUUGGAACUGCUCUGAAACUGCAUUGCAUGCAGAGGGAGCGAUCUGAAAAUGCGGAUCAUUCAACAAUCACCGCUCAGUGUCUUAACAUUCUGGCUGGCCUGUGUGCCUUUAGCUCGCAUCGGGAUGAAACCUUUGAGCACAUCGCAAAGGUGACAAUGCGCUGGCAACCCCAAGACGUGCUCAUUGUGACCAAGAUGUUGUGUAGCUGCCAGACCAUUUCAGAUGUAUCCAGCACUUGGUUAGUGAACAAACUGAAAACUGUUUUCCAGCAUUAUCAUCAGGAUUUGAAUGUCAUCGACAACGUGGUUGACCAUAUACCCACGAUUUUUUACUUUAUCUACAAAAUAGAACAUCACUUGGAUGACAUGUUAAUGGCCCUUAACUCGCUACUACGCAUUGCCCUUAAAAAGUCCUACACAUCUCAAUUAACAGCCAAAAUUGUGCGUAGCGUGGGGUUGAUAGCUCAGAAGUGCCCGGACAUUUACCUACUCGAAAACUUUACUGUGAUAUGCAAGUCCACUGCAAAAUUUAUCACAAUGCCUACAUUGGAAGUGCGCUUUGCCACACUUUUCACAUUCACCAUUCUCCUGGAAACAAACUGUGUGACAAACAAUGCCAUUGGGCACUCUCAGAGUCACUUGGAUUUCUGCCAGGAGCUUUACGACAGCAUCGAGUUUAACAAGCUGACGUACAACAAUGAGGAUGCCAUUCAGAACAGUAAUGCCUUAGUGGUUCAAAUGUCAAUUGCCGUCUUCGUACGCAGCUCAUUCCACCAAGAGAUUGCUUUGAAACAGUUACUGCAUCACUGUGCCUUGCGCAGGCUAACCGAAACGGAGUUUAUUUUCCUGCAAAGGAUUGUUCCCUGCUAUGGACUAUCCAUGCGAGAUCUCAUCCGACCCUUUGCCAGCGUCCUGCUUCACAAGUGGAGCUCCCAGCGCUGGCCCAUUUCCAAAUUUCCAUAUUUCCUGUGCUAUGCAAAAAAGAAUGAGUUUCGCAGAGCCCACGCUAAUGAAAUUAUGGCGUAUACAUUUCUGUACGGCAAAACAGAGGAUAUAGAACGAUGUAGCAAAUCAAUCAGUGAGGAUCUUGCCCUUCCUAUAGUUGCUUCAUUUUUACUGCCCAAAAACUGCUUAUGUAGUGAAAGCCAAGGGAAUGACUUUAAAGAUCAUCACCAGUUGCUGUCGGAGAAUCUCAGAUACUCCCAACUAAAUGGCACGGAUGUAGAUCUGAAUGUGGAGACUCUUAACUGUGCGAUAAGCAUGCUGCACGACACACAGGAAUUGAGUAGACUGUUUGGUACCCAUGCAACGUGCAGCGAAAUUGGCAACUGGUAUAGUCUUACUGGAGAAUCCCUGUUUAAUUGUCUUUACUUGCAUAUUAACCUCAAACAAAAUUCCUUAGGGCACGGUCGAAUCCAGUCCAUGACCACGCUACAAAUCAAACAUCCCCGCUUAUUGAUCGAUCUUUUCGGGCGCUUGAAAACCAAUUGCUUUACUGCCACCUUUUCCGGUCAGUCCUUGCGUGGUUUAUUUCUCUAUAGUGAAAUUGCAGAUGCUGUCUACGACGCAGCCAUUGAAAAUGAAAAAAAAGUUUUGCAGUGUUCUUAUUUUGUUUGCGAUAUUUGGUUAUUUUUGGUUCGAUUUUUGCUGCACACCAAGUUUAGCCAGGUCCAAAUGUCUGUUUUAAACUUUUUGGAACUGUUACUACAUAAACCCAGAUUCGGCAACAAAGAAUUCUCAAAUCACUUUGCAGAGGUAGCUAAACUACUAGGUAGUUUUCAACUAGGAUGUGAAUCGAAAGAAGUAAAAGAAAAAGCCAGGGUAAUUGUGAUGCAGAUUUUGGAGUCAAACAAAGACCAGAUCGACCUAAGUUCUUUUCUGGAAGAGACCACGGAUUGCGAGUUUCUUAAGCCCUUGCGAGAGAAAUAUAAUUCCAAUUUGCCUAACAUAGACCAGGCGGAUGUGGCCAACAAUCUGCGCUCAUUUGUAAGACGUCCCACCGCGGAGCGCCUGCGAGACCUGAGGGAAUAUAUUGCCGUGCACAAGGACAAAUUGCAGGAACAUGAAAAGCUUUUAUUUGAUGUCAUUAAUAGGCUUGUUCAAAUGUCGCGAGAUACGCAUAGUAAGCAGAGCAGUCUGGAUGCUCUUAAGUGUCUGGCUCAAAUUGGGCCGCUUAAACUAUCCAACAUUUCUUAUUACUUUCAAACUGAUUUUGAAUCAUUUGAGGAGUCGUUAGAAGAGCCCAUGCAAGUGUUUUUAAGAGUUAUCUUCAAGUCCCUGGAGAAAUAUUUAUUCCACUUUGAUCCCAAGACUCAUGAGGCUCUAGUGUCUGUAGCCAUUCAGGUAGUUAAUAGCAAGUCCGCUGUAAAUAUUUUGGAUCAAUACAAGAGUUUAAGAAUAUUUGUUCUCAUGUCCCCGAACUCGAGUUUUCUGAAUUUUAAUAAUCAGAUUCCCCGCAUUAGCUGGUUGGCUGCAUUUCAAGCCACCCAAAACUUAGACUACGAGCCCUGGAUGUGUGCAUUUGUUUCAAGAGUAUUCAAAGAGUGCGGCUGGCAGGGAUUUGAUGAUCUGGCUGCCAGCUCUUUCGCCUUUGCUAAGACCUGCCUGCAGCCAUUCAUUAAAUUGCUGCUGGAAAACAAUCAGCAUCAUUUGGAGAGCCUGUGCCAAAUGUUGGACUACUUUUUCGAAGGUUUCGUCAGCUCGAAAUCUCCGAACUCUAACGCAAUUUUCCACAACAAAAGAGCCAUUAAGAGGUUCCUGCACAUUUGCGAGUGUAUACGAAUCUUUAAUAAUUGGAGCAUUCCCGUCAAUCUGAGCAAAGUGGUUCUGGCUAGCAAUCACUGCCAGGCAUAUUUCCUAAGCAUUAUGUACCUGGAGCUCUGGGCCUGCUCGGCGACCGAUUCAGACAAGGCAAAUCUCUUGGAAAACGAAUCGUUCCAAACAUCUGCGAAAAAGGCAUACGAGUCCAUUGGCUGUCUGGAUGCUAUCCCCGGUUUUGUCAACCCUAUGCGCUCCCGCUUGGAUUUCCUUGGGCGGUCAAGCAAUCUAUCCACCAUUAUAUUGGAAUCGGAGCACAUGGACAGGUCCAAUGGUCAACUCUGCGUAGAUAUCAUGAAAGGAAAUGGUUUAUGGUCCUUUGCUAAACUCCAGCAGCACCAAAAUAUAGAGCCCGAUUACGAGAUCUUCUGGCGCCUGGGUCAGUGGGAUUCGCUGACGGAUUCGAAGCAGCAACCACUUCAGACGAAGGCUAGGGCUUCUCAUAGUCUGGAGCAGGAAUUCAAGCGGCAUCACUUCGUUGCCCUCAGGAGCAUCGGUCAGCGGGAGGAGGAGAACAGUCUGUCGGCCAUCGACAUGGCUUACAGCUGUGUGCGUGACAUUCUGCAGGAAAUCAGUAUGGAGUGCCUGCAGAGCGUGUACAAGUACCUUACCUGGUUGGGCUCCCUCCAGCAAAUAGAGGAAUUUUGUCAGAUCCAAUUUGGUACUCAAAUAUCUCCGGGUCAGAUGACCAAGGUGUUUGGCAAAUGGCAAAAGGAAUUGGAGCUCAAAUAUGGCAACUUUUCCUGCAAGGAGUACAUGAUCGCGCAUCAGAUUGCUUUGUUUAAGAUGGCGGGGACGAGAGCGGGUCGUCGGAUGCGGGAGUUCUAUAAGAAUAGCCCCAUGGAUACGUACCUACUUAAGGGAAUUGGGGAGUGCAAACGCGCUGGCAAUUUAAACCUGGCAGCCAAGUACAUCGCCACGCUGCGGGAACUUCCCAAUAUCAGGGAAUUCACAAAGAUUAGCGUUUUGCUGGAAGAUGCCGAAGUGAAUCUGAAGAUGGGCAAUCAACCAAUAGCAAAGGCCAUCCUGGAGCACGUUACAUACAACCAUGAGUUUAAAUUCUGCGUCCAGCGAAUUCCGGCGCUGCGGAUGCUGGGCGAGUUCCUUCUUGACUACAAUGCCAAGACUUUCACCUCGGUGCAGCACCACAACUUUAAUACUUCGAUAAAAAUGAUCGAUGAUUUUUUGCUGCAUCGCAAGGCUCUGAGCGAGACUUAUCCGGACAUCUUUGAGUGGCAGCAGCUUGAUGCUUACAGUAGUCGGCAACGGACGGCCGCCUAUGCAGCGAUGGCAAAGUAUGCGGAUCGGGAAUACCAGCAGCUGUACGAUUACCGGCACUCUCAGGAAUACCAAACGCUGCUGGACAUAAUCGAGCAGAACCGCCAGACGGCGGAUAAAGUGACCCAGCGCGAGAAUCAAGACCGACGGGUCAUCUCCAUGCAGAUGAAACGGUACGCGAGUUUGGACGAGCGCCAGCUGCAGCAUAUCGAAGAGAAGCUGUCGGAGCAUUUGUGCCUGGCAGUGCGCAAUCAUAUGGCUUAUUGUCGACUGGACAGCGGCUUCUCGAGCGCCGCCAUCUACCGCAUCAUCUCACUGUGGUUUACAAACGCCACUAAUGAGCUGAUGCAGCAGAGCAUCAAGGAGGAGAUCCUCACUGUGCCCAGUUACAAAUUCAUUUGUGCUGCGAACCAACUUACCGCGCGCCUCAACACAAAGAACGCCAGCCUACUGAAGGGACUGAUGGAACUCCUGGUACGCUGUGGCCAGGAUCAUCCGCAUCACACAUUCUACCAGCUGUAUCCGCUUGUAUUUGCCCACCUGGAUGGUGAGAAUAGCAAUACGGAGCGAUCGGGCAUUGCUCGUAAGAUUAUUGCUAAGAUAUGUGAAAAGAAUGCCACUGCGGGAGAGUGCAGCAAGCAGCUGGAAUCACUACUGCCAGCCCUGAUAACAUUUGCCAAUGAAGGCAAGACUAAUGAUAAUCAUCCGGUAUCGGAUUCGGCACGUUUAAAGCAGUUCGAAAAAGUGAGACGAUGGCGAAAUCUAAACGCUGUACAGUGCCCAACCCUUGAGUUGCCCAUCAUGCCCAGCAAGGAGUACCAUAUAACAAGCGUCGUCAAGUGGAACAACGAAAUGACGCAAUGUGGUGGACUAAAUGCGCCUGUUAAGGUGUUGUGCGUUUGCUCCGAUGGUCAAACUCGUGCGCAAUUGAUUAAGGGAAAGGACGAUCUACGCCAGGAUGCCGUGAUGCAGCAGGUAUUUGGAAUUGUCAACGAGCUGCUCAAGCAGGAUUCUGAGUUUAUCGAGCGUAAGCUGAAGCUGCGCACCUAUAAGGUCACUCCGCUAUCCAUGCGUAGUGGCAUCUUGGAGUGGUGCACCAAUUCAACGCCAGUGGGUCAUUAUCUGGUAGUAGAAGGGAAAGGAGGCGCACAUGCACGAUAUCGUCCAAACGACUGGAAUAAUAACCACUGUCGAAAAUUAUCUGCGUCCCAUCUAAAGUCGACCAAGGAGAAACGAUAUGAAGUCUACAAGCAAAUAUGCGAGCAUUUGAAACCAGUUUUCCAUUACUUUCUCCUGGAGAAGUUUCCCAUUCCGGGCAUGUGGUUCGAGAGGAGAUUGGCUUACACCAAUAGUGUGGCCACCACCUCAAUGGUGGGCUACGUGCUGGGACUAGGUGACCGACAUACACAAAAUAUUCUUAUAGAUCAGCAGACAGCCGAAGUCAUUCAUAUUGAUUUUGGUAUUGCCUUCGAGCAGGGUAAGAUCCAGACAACUCCAGAGACCGUUCCCUUUCGGCUGACACGUGACUUUGUGGCCCCAAUGGGAAUCUGUGGCACAAAAGGAGUAUUUGCCAAAUCCUGCGAGGCCACUAUGCACAUCCUGCGGCGGUACAAGUCUGUCCUAACCACCAUACUCGAGGUCUUGCUCUAUGACCCCCUCUUUAUUUGGGGCGUACUUAACAAGAAGAAAUUAACCCAAUCAUCCCAGCAAUCUAGCGAAGAAUCGGUUAAUUUAGUUGCCCAGCGUGCUUUGCUCUUAGUGCGGAACAAACUGGAGGGCAGAGAGGCCGGCACCCUUGGCGACUCGAACGUCGAGGCUCAAGUGGAGCGAUUGAUCAACGAAGCCACCCUACCAAGAAAUCUGUGCAUGCUUUUUCCCGGCUGGGACCCGCAGCUAUAAGCUUAAGUACAUCACAUUUAUUACCAGUUAUCAAUUCGAAUAGAAGGUUUUUACGAUUUUGUAUCAAACUUUUUUGGGUGCUUAAUCUAUACGAAUAGGCUUCAAGUACAUUUUUUCGGCUUUAUCUGCUAUCGGGGGAGGAAACGCCCAAGUGGUUGGUAUUACCGUGCAUUAUUUUAGCUACCGGAGAAUUUUAAUAAAAAAAAUGUUUUUAAUGUU